ACACAGGAUGUGGAACAACAACUGCUGCUUUAUUUCUUCCCUGGUGAGGAAUCCUGGUGCGUUUUUUCUACUUGAUAAUUUUAGAGUUCAAAUAAACACCAGUAAGUUGAGAUUGGAAAAUUCUGACAAGAAAGCUUUAAUUCCCACCCCCCUGUACAGAAACACGUGCAUUCAUGCUCGUGGUGUUUAUGCAGGAGGGAUCGAGCCACGGCUGGUUUGUUGUUCGUACAAACACUCGGCCGUGGAGCCUUUUUUUGCCAGUGGGUAACCACCCCGCCCGCUCCAGUUCCCUUCCCUAAAUGAGAGAUUUUAUUUUUCCCCUCGGCAUAAAGUCCACACGGACACCUUGUAGGCUUCCCUUUUUAGACCAAUUUUUAAUUUCCUUUUUUUCUACUCGCUGCUUAUUUUUGUGUGGAAAAUCCCGGUAAAAGUUAAUGAUAAAUGUCUAGCAUUCCCGUGACCACAAAGAUGAUGAAGUCAGUAUACUCGGAUUGAAUUUACACGGUAGCUUCGCGUUAUGUUGAGCUGAUGUCUCGGAGAGAACAGUACAUGUUUAGGCUGAUAAUUUGACUUUGUUUUAAUAUUUAUUUAUUUAUUUUUCUUAGUAUAUAAGGUGUCUGGUUCAUAAGUACUUUCUGGUUUUUAAUGGUAUGAUCUAAUUUCUACAAGCUAAUUUUGGACUGCUCUAUAUACUGUGUAACAAAUAAGCAAAAUCCUGUUGGUUUCCAGCUCAGCUGGGGAGCAGGAAGGUAACAAUGCCUCCGUUGCUAAAUGGAAAUGCAGAAUUGCAAGCAGGGAAAAUGUGCAAUAAUCUGUCGAACCCCGAGGACCUUGCUCAGCUUCUGAGAGUAUGUAGAUAAUGGACCAGUGGGGAGGAUCUUGUUCCUAAUAUUUCAAUAUUCUGGUUACUGUAUUUAGUACAAAGGUAAGAUGCUGGCACGUUCAGGUUGUGUGCUCAGGUGACUGCCUGGUCUACGGGGCCUGUUCCUGUAGCGACGGUCAUUUGGACCAGUAGGGAUGGGAAAAACAGGAGCUACAGCUUUGUGUCUGCUGCUGGGGACGUAUUUAUGCACCAGGUCCUUUUCAGACAGGACGUGGACCUGGAAAGCUAAGGGGGCUUUGAUCCAAGUGUGACCGAUGAUGUUGAAGUUGAUGCUGGAGAUGUCUGAGGUUUCUUCUGAACGCGUUUCACCAGGUUAUUUCCUAACUUCUCAUUUUGUGGCGGGAGCAGAGCUCAGUCCUUUUUGUUUUUCCUGCUCCCCCUCGCAGGCAGGCACUUGUGCAAAUCACGGCAGCAAGCAGAAUGAUUUAAAAGAACACCUGGACUGUAUCUGGCUGCCUGUUGGAGAAAGCCAAAAAGCAAAGAGAUCUCUUAGCAGAGAAAUCUGAAAUUUAAGACAAAACUACUCGUGUCCUAUUUUCAGAUCAUAAAGAACUGGCAUUGGGGGUGUUUAUGUACUUGAUGACAUCUUUUUCUGAACAGCAACCGAAGUGGUUCAUCCUCGUAUCGACUUAAAAUCCUAAUGAAAUUCUUCUGUCCUCUUAACAUUAAGCUGGAGUGUUCCCCUUUCCCUACACUUCAUCCGUUCCCAAGUCUCCAUCGGUGCAAAUGUGAUUUGACCCAAACCUCAGUUUUCUCUGCUGUGACCUUUUCACGAGCCCGCUGGGAGGGGAGGGGAAGAGCGGCAGAGGGUCGCAGGAGGAGGCUCGGACCCGAGGAGGAGGAUGCUGGCCCUGCCUGGCACAGGCGACUCUCCUGGAUGACUUACCAGAUUUUAACAGGCAGUUCUGCCAGCGGAGACCACCCACAGCUCCUAGUCCACCUCCUGAAAUUUCCAAGUUGUUUCAUACUUUGAAGAGUUUUAGGAAUUCCUGCCAACACUUUUCCUGAGGGAAGCCAUGCCCUACCACAGAGUCCUUCGCCUGGUCCUGCUAACGCUGUGCGGCGUCCUGUUCCCUGCUGUGCUGGCAGCAGAGUACCCUCAGGGCCCUGUCCCCACCCUCUGGAACGAGCCACCCGAGUUGCCCUCCGGAGCCGGCCCCUUCGACGCUGCCACCACCACCACCACCACCGCCCGGAUCUCGGACGCCACCGCCUUCCCCCCCUACACCUCCGAGCUGGAGCCCGAGGACACCACCCACCUGCACCGGCUGGACGCCGGGGACGGCUCGCUGGGGCCCGGAGCUAUUGGUGCCAUUGUCAUCGCCUCCCUCCUGGGUACGUCUGUGCUCGUGGCCUUGGUCGUCAUCACGCUGAGAAAGUUCUCGGCCUCCUGAACUCAAUAAAAGAUUUUUCUGUAACACAA